GAACUUGUAUUCUCUGAAUGGGUAGAAUAUGGGCUUUGGGAUCGCCCAUUUUCUGGGUCCCUUAACGCGGAAAUCCGUUAUCCUAUCCAACUAAACUCACCGUCACUUGAAUGGCGUUUCUCCAUCUCCCCUAUUCAUCUCUUGCUCUAGGAACAACCUCUUGUGGUGCUUAUAAAGUACCCAUCACCGCCUCGUCUCAUCUUUCCCUGAAAAAUUCCCCAGGAAAUAAUUCCAGUUACUGCAACAACUGGGUAUCCCAAUUUAGAUCAAAAUCGGUGAAUUUUAUUACUUCUGGGGCGCUAGCUCUUGGUUUAUCUCUCACAGGAGUUGGAUUUGCGGAGGCAAAACUUGGGGUUAACAAGCCAGAACUGCUUCCCAAAGAGUUCACUCCAGUCAUUGAUGUGGCAGGGUUCCUCUCUGAUGGCCAGGAAAAGAGACUUGCCCAGGAGAUAUCCAAUAUAGAGAAUGAUACUGGAUUUAAGCUAAGAGUUUUGGCCCAGAAUUAUCCUGAAACGCCAGGGUUAGCAAUCAAAGAUUUUUGGCAAGUGGAUGAUAGAACCAUUGUAUUCGUUGCUGAUCCUAGCUUCGGCAAUAUACUAAAUUUUAAUGUGGGAGCUUCGGUAGAUCUUGACAUCCCACGAAGCUUUUGGAGCCGUUUGGCUGGGAAGUACGGAAAUAUUUUUUACUGGAAAGAGAAGGGAGAAGAUGCAUCUAUCGAAGCUGCUGUAAUGGCAAUAUCCAAUUGCUUGAAAGAACCCGUUGGCUCGAAUAAUUGCUCUGAGAUAAAGUAAUUCUACAGGAGUUUACAGACAAUGUUUUCUUCAUUUAUACUCUCUCACAUUGUUGUAAAUAUUGCUGAGUUCUUGUUGCAAGACUUUCAAGUUAGGAUUGUGGUUCAAGGUGUAUUCUUCAUGAUUCUGUAAUUGAUUAUAGUCUUACAUAUGUUCAACUGAUGUUUUACUGAAUUAAGAUUGAUUGACUGGUAGAUAAAAAUUCUGUGUGGGUUUAUUCA